AUGACGCGUCUCACAGCCGCCUUUCACAUUAUGAUUGACCAAAUCCUGGAAGAGGACAAGGAGCGUGCCAAAGAGGAAGAAAUCCGCCGCUACGUGGCUGCACUGCCCAGUCGCUCAAACAGUGGCAACGGCGGCCGAUCGCCUUUGUUGCUGAGCACCUCAACCGGCACACGUGGCGGCUCUCCUCCCAGCGGGCUCGCGAGUCCUGGCCGGCCUCGGCGCAUCAGCACCCUAGGCCAUCACGUGGUGACCGAUCGACGCACCAUUGACGGCGCUUUGGUGUCCCAGGCCAGCUCUCAGCGUCUCUUGACCUCUCCUAGCAACUCCCGUGAGCGCUUAUCAGCUUCGGUGGGCUCACCCGCGGGCUCACCCUCAACAGCGCCGCACUCGAUGCCACGGCCACGUAGCAACGGCUCAGUCGCGACGAUGGAAGCCCCAGCUUGGUCGCCACCCGCCACUGCUGUCUCGUUGCCGGCCACUCCCCUGCAUGCGCCACGACGUGCCACGGCCAUGCGUGCCUCGACUGGUGAUCUCUCUGAGACCAACCCAGAAGCGAUUGAGCGUCUGCGGCAAAUUCGACGCCACCAACGGCGAUCGUCCCGCUCCAGCAUGCAAUUUGUGAAUGGCUCCGAUAACCCCCUGGAGGAGCUCGAAACCUCUCCGCGCGCUCGACGCCUGUCAUGUACAAAGGUCACAGUGCUCAACUCCACGGCUGAGACGAUACCCGUGCACGAUGUACCUGACUUCAUGAUGCGUCGUAGCAGUGACGCAGCGCGGGCCCGGCGCCAGAGUCGCGCCAGUCAAGUUUCCGUCGGCUCCACCCCGGCGCGGCGUGAUAGUGACACUUCACGCUUGAGCCAAACGUCGAGCAACACCAACAACCGCUUGAGCAAUGAUAGCAACGUCGAGCUAGAAGAAGCUUCGCGUGUGGUCACUCCCACAACCAUUUCAGAAGUGUUUGCUGAUCCCGAACCCGAAGCUUUGGCCAUCAAGAUUGACGACGCUGAGACGCAACCGGACCAAUCACAGCCCCCGCAAUGGCUGGAGCAGACCGUGAACCCCCACCAACCCACCCGCCGCUCGACGCCGCCCUCUGCGACUGGGUUGGCAUCGCGGAUGGGACCCCACGUCGCGCAUCUUACCGCGACCGUUAGCUCCGGCAGUGGCUCGGCUGAGCACUUGGCUCCGGGCGAUGAUGCUUUGCCUUCACCUUUCUCGCGUGAGGGCAGUGGCCGACGCCGUGCCAAGUCGGUCACGACCGCCACCAUUCGGCAGUCGGCGGCCUCUCGCGUCGUUGAUGUCAAAGCUUUGGAUUUGGCGACUGAGGCCACAAGCUCCAGCUCUUUUGGUGCGGCCACUACCUCGUCUCUGCCCUAUGACCGGGUCAUGGCCGAGUUGCAGCGAGCUUUGCGCCGCAAUGGCGUAGACUUUGAGCUGGACCGCAACACGUUGACGUGCCGUACGCGAAACUCGGAUGGGUCUGGCGAUCGCCGUCGCCGCGGGAGCUACUUCUCUGAAGCCGAGGAGGAUGUGAGCUGGGAGAUGGCGGUGCAGAAGAUUAGUCGGCUUGGCCUGCAUGGUAUCCGCCUUCGCCGGUUGCAAGGUGAUCACUGGCGCUACAAGCGUCUCGUCGACCACGUCCUCCAGGACGCGCGUCUGUAA